CGUCGUCGUGUAAGCACGUUCGCUCGCGCUCGGCCUCGCUACCCACGUGAUCGCUUGCGUCAGUGUAUAGCAAAAACAGACUUACCGAAAGCAUUCAUACUAUGUUAAUAAGUUAAAUAGACACAUGUUUCACGGUCAUGGUGUACAGUUAUUGAUGUGUGUGACGGAAAAGGACUGUUUGUGUUUUUCAGGAUUCUCUGCAGUGAUUAAAAGCAAGCAAAAGGUUUCAGCUAUGCAUGGAGCCUACAUAACAGCCGUACUGUUUUUCAACUGUAAGUUUAGCAGAGGUGUUGAAGACUUAUAUGCACGCGCCGCUGGGGACCUACUCCGGGGGGUGGACGUGCCCCAGUUCGCCUUCGCUGGGGGUCAGGCUACACUGAGCUGCUCAUAUGACCUCCGCUCCACCAGACUCUACUCCCUCAAGUGGUACCACAAUGGCACCGAGUUCUAUCGCUACGUCCCGACUGAACGCAAUAGACCCAUCAACAUUCAACCCAGCCUCAAGUUCUCUGUUACCGAGUUGUUCAGGAACGAGCACCGGGUGACCUUGUCGUUGACCAGGUUGACUGUGUCAGCCUCGGGUCAGUACCGCUGUGAGGUGAUCGCCGAACACCCGAGCUUCCGAACUGAAGCUUCUAUGGCCUUCAUGACGGUCCUGCGAGAGCCGCUGGCACCCCCGGUGUUGGUGGGGGCGAGGGAGAUAUACGAGCCCACGGAGAUGAUCAAGAUAGGCUGUCAGCCCCGACCCUCUCUCUACGACGGCCACACACCUGUACUACAGUGGUUCCUGGAGGGUAGUCAGGUUGGGUCGGAGUUCGUCACACCGUACGGCAACGCCCUCAGAGAUGGUGACUCAGGGCUCUCCUUACACGUGCCGGGGGAACAGAUCGCGGCGGCGGGUGGCACGCUGCAGGCUGAGUGCAGGUUGACGCUGGGACCUCAUACACUCAGUGCCUACAAGACCCUUCGAGUACGAGUCCGUAUGAUAUCUUACGUGGGUACCUACCACUCCCCAGCUAACCAAUGGGAGGUCAGCAUCGUUUGUCUGCUAAUGGGCACUGCGGCUGUUCUCCUCCUGCUGUAGGUGAUAGAGUGUCACCAUCACCACCACCGCCAUCAUCAUGAACACCACCGCCAACACCAUAGCCACCACCACCAUCAUCACCACCACCACCGCCACCGCCAACAUCACCAUCACCACCAUAACCUUCCACCUGCUGUAAGUGGUUCAGUGCCAUCACCACUGCCACCACCAACACUACCAUCACCAUCACCAUCACCACCAUCCCCACUAACACCAGCACCACCACCACCGUCACCAUCCUCCUGUAGCUGUAGGUGGCAUAAUACUGCCCCUACUUCCACCGCCACUACCAUCACCACCAUCACCCCCACCACCACUAACACCACCACAAUCAUCCUCAUGCUCUAGGUGGUAUGGUGUCACCAGAACCACAACGUUAAGCAUCACCAUAACGAUCAUCUUGUUACCAUAAGGGGUACAGUGCCACUAUCACCAUCACCACCAGUAUCAUCACCUUUAACACCGCCAAAACCACUAUCACCACAACCACAACUACUACCACGACCACCACAGUCCAGGGGCGGAUUCAAGAGAUAUUCUGAGGUCAAUAGUAAUUACUUUUUACUAUACAAAAAUGGCUGACUACAAUACUGCAUUAAAGAAAAAGUAUAAGAAAUUUCUGAUGAUAA